UUCAUUUCUCGCUGUCGUACUCCAUAUUCCCGCUAAGUCCACCUCUGAAAGGCACAGACCUCAGAAGAGGAGAAUAAGAAAGGAGGGGAGACAGAAAAGACUGCUGCUUCUGCAAAGCAUGAAGACGCGGCUAUUGGGGACCCGGUGAAGACUUAGCAUGGCACAGUAUGCCAGGAUCUGAACUGAAACGGGGAACGGGUUUAGGAUGUCAAUAGGUAUAACGAAUGAGAAACGGUUGAGUUUGCUGAAGUAAACGAUUGGGACGCACAUUCCUGGUGUGUGUGUGUUAGGGAAUGUGGUGGUGGAUGUCCUUUGGUGUGACGCGUUGCUGGAUGGGAUGAAAUCGCAUAACCGGGUGCCUAAUAUAGGCGCUUAACGUGGGACCACCGAUCUGAGCUCCCCAGGGCUGCGUUAAACCAAAUCUGCAACCUCUCGCACCCGUGUUGAGGGGGAAACUACAGAAAGUCUCAGGAUGGCUCUCGUCAUGGAACCUGUUAGCAAAUGGAGUCCCAGUCAAGUUGUGGACUGGAUGAAAGAUGUCCCCCUCUCUUAUUUCAAGCAAUUUGAUAGCAUAGCGAAGACCUUCAUUUGGAAUGGUCUGGAUGACUGUCUGCAGCAGUAUAUAAAGAACUUUGAGAGAGAGAAGGUUGGAGGUGACCAGCUGCUGAGGAUCACCCAUCAGGAGCUGGAGGAUCUGGGGGUGUCCCGCAUCGGACACCAGGAGCUGAUCCUGGAAGCUGUAGACUUGCUUUGCGCUCUGAAUUAUGGGCUGGAGACUGAAAACCUGAAAACUCUCUCUCACAAGCUCAAUGCCUCUGCCAAGAACCUCCAGAACUUCAUCACAUGCCGCCGCCGCAGCGGACAUUAUGACGGCCGGACAACCCGCAAGCUGCCCAAUGAUUUCCUCACCUCCGUGGUGGACCUCAUCGCUGCUGCUAAAAGCCUCCUUGCCUGGCUUGAUAGGUGUUACUUUUUUUGCAGGUCACCAUUUGCUGCUGUGACGGACUAUUCCGAGACCCGGAACAACGUGAUCCAGCUGUGCUUGGAACUCACUACCAUAGUACAACAGGACUGCACCGUCUAUGAAACAGAAAAUAAGAUCCUCCAUGUGUGUAAGACUUUGUCUGGAGUGUGUGACCACAUCAUCUCACUGUCAUCAGACCCCCUGGUCUCCCAGUCUGCACAUCUGGAGGUGGUUCAGCUGCCUAACAUUAAACCUACGGAGGGUCUGGGAAUGUACAUUAAAUCUACAUAUGAUGGACUUCAUGUAAUCACAGGAACCACAGAAGGGUCACCGGCAGACCGCUGUAAAAAGAUCCAUGCAGGGGAUGAGGUCAUCCAGGUGAACCAUCAGACUGUGGUGGGCUGGCAGUUGAAAAACUUGGUAAGCUCUCUGCGUGGGGACCCAGCUGGUGUGACAUUGACCCUGAAAAAGCGUCCCCAGAGCACGCUCACCUCCGCCCCAGCCCUACUAAAGAACAUGAGAUGGAAGCCCCUGGCCCUUCAGCAGCCUAUUGUUCCCAGGAGUCCCACCAGCAGCUCGGCUACACCUACUAGUACCAUCAGCACACCUUCAAAGCAUGAAAGCUCCGCCCUCCAAGACCUAUACAUCCCGCCCCCUCCAUCGGAGCCAUACACGCCCAGAGAUGAAAAGGGGAGUAUCCAUGGUGAGGGAGGGGUGCCAGUGGCAAAAGGGUCAGAAUCACCAAACUCAUACCUGGAUCAAGAGUACCGACGCCGAUUUCCUCUAAUGGAAGAGGAGUCCAUCCUCUACUGCUACGAAUAUGACCACAAUCAUGGCCCUACAUCGUCCCGUCGAGACAGCACUCCCACUUACGGUCGUCUAAGGCCCAUCUCUAUGCCUGUACAGUAUAACUGGGUUCCUGACUAUGAAGAUCCAGGUAGACUGAAGCGAGAAGGACGGAGAGAAAACUCUCUGUUGCGGUACAUAAGUGAGGAGAAGGCUGCGGAUAUGGCAGCUCGGAGCAUGAAGAGAGACACUGGGAAACGAGGCAAGAAAAAGAGCGAAAAGAGUGGAAGCCCCACCCACUACGCUCUCCUCCCCACCCUCCAAAUGGAGGUACUCCGUCAAGAAUCCAUGAACACACCAAAUCCAGACUCCAGCUCUCUUUACCAUACAUUUCAGGGAUCCUCUCUGCUAUCCAAGACCAAGAAGAAGAAUAAAGCAGCUCCACUGUCCUCCAUCAGUAAGCGAAGGAUCUCCUGUAAGGACUUGGGCCGUGGAGACUGUGAGGGCUGGCUGUGGAAGAAGAAGGACGCAAAGAGCUAUUUCUCCCAGAAAUGGAAGAAGUACUGGUUUGUUCUAAAGGAUGCCUGCUUAUACUGGUACAUGAAUGAGGAGGAUGAAAAGGCUGAAGGAUUUGUUAGCCUUCCAGAGUUCAAGAUCGACAGAGCUAGUGAAUGUCGCAAGAAGUAUGCAUUUAAAGCAUGCCAUCCCAAAAUCAAGAGCUUCUACUUCGCUGCGGACAGUGUGGACGAUAUGAACAGGUGGUUAAGUCGCCUCAACAUGGCAGCCGCCGGCUACACAGAAAGAGAGAGGAUCCGUCAGGAACAGGCAGAUUACUGGAGUGAGAGUGAUCACGAAGACAAUGAGACGCCCUCUACGCCCAAGCAGGACAGCCCCCCACCCCCUUAUGACACAUAUCCACGGCCACCAUCAAACCAAGUAAGUUGUGCCAGUCCUUACCUGGAACCGAAGCACAGCCGCCUCUCGUCCACUGAAACCUCACAGUCUCGGUCCUCUCACGAGGAGUACCGCUCCGAACCACAAGGGGGCAGUAGCAGCGGAGGGGGUUCUCCUGCUCGGAAGUCCGCAAGCCAGCGGCGCUCGUGGCAGGACCUGAUUGAGACUCCCCUGACCAGCUCAGGCCUCCACUACCUACAAACCCUGCCCCUAGAGGACGCCGUGUUCUGCGAGCCGGGGGCAGGUCUGUCUCCGGAAUACCUUCGCCAGUCAACUCUGCCUGCUCAGCGUACACUGAUGCAGGACCAUUAUGGUCCCUUCCCCAUGGUUGAGGGGGUGAGGCACCGAGACCCUGCUAACGUGGUCGGGAAACCUCGCAGCUUCACCCUGCCACGGGACAGCAGCCUGCAAGCCCUCCUCACGCCCUCAGCUAGCAUGGCAGAACAGCGGGACCCCAGCCGCAGGGAACUCAGCCGCAGUCACUGCAUUAAUAAUGGCGGGGAGCAGGAGUGCCACGGACAGGCGGAUUCUCUUGGUGAUUUGUACCGGGCGCUGGAGCGUGCCAGCCUGUCUCCCAUUGGUGAGCACCGCCUUUCCACCCGUCUGGAGUACAAACACCUUUUCAUCCGGCGUUGCAACGAUCCACAAUUAAAUGACAAACUGCAUCAUCUCCGCAUCCUGCAGAGCACGCUCAAGGACAGGGAGGGCGAGGUAGCACUGAUUGACAAGCUGCUGGCCAAUCCUAAGCUCACAUCCUCAGAGUUCCAGGAAUGGAAGAAAGUUUACAUGGAGCUGUUUUCAGGGGAGCCCCAGCGGGACCAUCAGCCCAGCCCCGUCUCUGAGCUCAGUCCUGCUGCCACACCAGAACCUGCCCCCCGCACACCCUCCCUCUCACACACACACUCCUACAUCGAGACUCAUGUCUGACAUACACAAAUGCACACUUUCCCUUGAUUUCGUCAGUUACUUUUCACAAAAAUAUCGCCACAUUGUAUGAAGUAGUUGUCACCGACAAUAUAAUAAUGGCAUAAAAGUUCCAGAAAAAAUGAAGUUUGGAUAGACGGCAUGUUUAAUUUGACACAAAUGAAAACGAGGCUAUGAGAUACAGUGGUUUCCAAAUGUUUGAGACCACUGCUAAUUAAUGAUUCCCUUUUGCAUAUUUCUCUUUUAAUAAAAUGUGUUUUCAUUAUGCAUUUUAUUAUCAGCACAACAAUUUUAGUUGAAUGUUGAAUUGAAAAUUUCAGAAUGUCAGUAUUUGGUACAGUAUGUCCCCCAUUUGCAUUAAUGACAGCAUGCAUUCUAGCUGGCAAUGACUCCACAAGUUUGUCCAAAACCCGAUAAUCCAUGUUAUCCAAGCAUGAUUUGAGAAUGUUCCAAUGUUUUGUGUGCUUCAAUGCACACAAGAAAAUCUUAGCUUUUGGAGUUAACAUGGUGAAUGUCACAAGUUUGCUUAUUUGAUUUGUGACCAUAAAAUAAGGUCACACAUAUUUCUAGGUUUAAAUAAGAUUUUGAAUCCCAGAUUUUCAAUGGGGUCUCAGACUUUUGCACCUCACUUUAUUUUCAGUGUUUUUGGCUGAACAAUGAACACAAAAGUACACUGAUUUACACUGAUUGUACUUCUAUCCCUACAGCUUCAUUUUCAUUUGAGUCAAAUGUAAUAUAUUGCAUCCACUAUACACUGAAUAAGGUCUACAAGCACCAAUUCACGUCUCACUUUUGCUUGAACUUUCACAUCCUGACUAUAAUUGCAGACUAACAGUCUACGCUUUUUAAACACUUGAAAAAACAUUGUUUACGCAAGCAAAGAUUAGCUGCACAAAGAACUCUCAGUGGCCCAAGGCACUACCCACAGACUUCAGUGUAUACCACUUCUGCACACAGGGUUGCCAUGGUUACCAGUCCUCCCUAUGGCUCAGACAAGGAAAGAUGGUGCCGUCACACCAAGACAAACCUGGCUCCACAGUUAGACAAGAACUUGGACUGGGAAAUGGAACCUACGGACUGGACACUAAGAUUACAUGGAGAGCAAAUACAAGCCUGAGGCAUUUGAACACUGAAACACACACUGACUCUAACUCUUGUGCUGCUGUACCAGUGUUUUUGUUUGGCUGUCAUUAAGAAUUAAAUCUCUUAGCGGUUAGCUACCAUGUUUAUAUGCCACUUUACCAUACUAAACACUCUACUGCAGCAUUAUACAAUAUAUUUAUGAACUGCUGUUAUACAUCGGCUGGCCCCGACUUAUAGCAUUUGUACAUUUGUGUGGAAGGUGUGUGUGUGUGCGCGCGUAUGUGAAACACAAAUUUGUUUAUCUCACCAGAAUUCCUGCAGAGUGUGUGGACAUAGUGAUAAGUAUUUAAAGUAAUAUUCCCGGUUCAAAACAAAAGCUUUGUCGACAGCAUCUGUGAAAUGUUGUCAAUUACCACCAGCAAUAAUUUGACUCAUCCCUCAGUUUGAAAAAACAAAGAAAAGUUUUUACGGUAACGCACUGACAGUGGAAGUUUAUGGGGAAAGCAUGCUGGAGGGUUUAAAAACAGAAAGUUGCAGCUUUUAUUUUUGUUUACUACUUUUCUAGGUGGAUGAACGAAAGUGAAUUUUUCUCUAUGUACAGUAGACAGUCCCUUUCUUGUAUUCUUGCAUAAAUCAUGCAAAAUUUACAGGGUAUGCUGACUUUACGCCAUCAUAAGAGGUGUUUGUCGUGUAAAGACUGGAUGUAACUUUGCACAGGCAAUAUGUGAACACAUAAAAUCAUGUGGCUUUGCAAUUAUUUGCCCUGUAGUCUUCCAAUUUAAAUGCAUUACUGAAAAACAAAACAAAAAAUCUGUGGAACGAGUCAAAAUUAUUUUAUGUGGCAAUCAAGAGCAUUUCACAGAUCGCACAUUGUUUUGAAAUUGGAAUACUCCUUUAAGAUCAGGCAUUUCCGUGAACACUUUUCUGACCUGAAUGCACCGCUCUCAAACUAAGCCUCUGAUAACAAAUGAGUUUCCAGAGAAUGUGUGGGGUUUGAUUGGUAGAAAAUUGCGUAUGCUUCAUUAUCUAGAAGCAGCAUUAUCUCUGUAACUCGAGAUGGAUUGAGGAAGUUCUCUCUCCGCUUCAAUCCCCUGAUAUUAUGAGGCGGAAUUGCAUCUCUUUGCAUUCAGAUGUAAAGGUGGUACUCCUAGCAAAAAUGUACACCCUUAUGUUAAUAAUUGUGUGCCUGUUACACACACAAAACUUGCUGUUCAUCGCAAAGACUUUUUUGGAUUAUGGACUACUGUGUUUAAUUCAGCUAUUUCAGGAGAAUGAAAAGAACAGUAUUACGGUUUAGUAUUGUAUACCUCUUUUCAUGCUUCUUGCGUUUUCCAUUCUACAAGCUGUCAUGGAAUCGUUCUGCUCAAUGUGGACAAUAUGGGAACAUUUGUCUCAGAAUAACAUUGAGAUUUUAUGACAGCCGAGGUCAAGACAAUCGCAGGUCUCAGCCCAGGGACUCAACGCAUGGCUCUGCCGAGCAAAGCUGCUGCCCUAAACUCGACCCAAUAUCUUUAGAAGCAGCAAAUCAACUGCUGAUAUUAAAUGAAUGACAAAGUUCGGGAGGUGAUCCAUUUAUUUAAGUAGUCGAGCACAAACUUCUCUAGCUGCAUGGCUUGUAGAUACAACACAGUCACAUUUUUUGUUUUCUAAACCGAAGCUGCAAAAUGAUUCAACGUCAUUAUUUGAACUGUUUGAGUCUGGAAGGCUGUUCAAGACCAAGAAGCACUCAGGCUUUCUGUGGACACAAAGAAGACUUUUUAUGUGAGAUUUUUAAGAACACUGAAUGUUCAGAUGAGAGUUUAUUGUACAAUAUAAGAUAUGUAUAAUAUGAUGUACAUUGAAAUUUCAGGUAUGACUCUUGAUAUACUGUAUUAGAGCACAUUUCAUUCUAUAUGUUACUUAAGAGAGUGUUUGCUUUAUUAUAAUCAUUGAGUGACGCUGGUGCUAAUGUGUCCAUGUGAUUUCAUUAGCUCUCAGAGGAAAGACAGCGUGGAAAUGAUUAACAGUGGAAAUAUAGUUACUAGAUCAGAUUGUCUAUUGAUAUUUUACUUUACUAAUAUAUACAUUUUAUUCCUAAUUUAGUGCAAAUCAUGUUGUUUACUUAGCAGCCAUAUUUUUUAACACAAAGUUGUUGUAAACAAUCUAGUUGGUCUGUGCUGCUGCCUGUCUUUAUUAUAAAUAGGGCAUGUAAUACGGGCAGUGCAGAUUCUAUGUGUUGUGUUUUAGCAUUCAACCUGGUAAACCUUAUUUAUUUCAUUAUUUAAAAAGAGCGUUUUUGCUUUCUCCAGAGUUAAAUGUGGUUAUACCUAGAGUCAAUAAACUUUUAUGGAUGUAACU